UGUGGCGCGGCGCCAGUCCACGAGAAAGUGUUAGUGAGGGAGGGUGUGUGGGCCUCGCGCUCGAUGGAGUGACCCAGGCCGUGUGGAUUACUCUCUGAGCAGCAGCGGACCCCGGCGGGAGGAUGGGGUGCGGCCAGCACACGGGGAGGUGCUUCCUGCUGACCGUCUGUGUGCUGCAAAUAAUAUCAACGGCAGAGAGACAAGUGUUUGAUUUCCUGGGUUACAUGUGGCUGCCCAUCAUUGCCAACUUCUUCAACUUCAUCCUUGUGAUAUUUGGCUUCUUUGGGGCCUACCAGUACAAAACCAAAUACAUAGUAAUAUACCUGGUAUGGGAACUGGCAUGGCUCAGCUGGAACGUGUUUGUGAUCUGCUUCUAUCUGAAUGUUGGUGUCCUGGAGAACAGUCGAGACUGGCUCAACUUUGGCACUGGCAGCGCAUCAUGGUGGGAGGUGAAUGGCAUUGGGUGCCGAGCGGUAUAUCCAACCAACCUUACCACCCUGGACCCCAUGCGGCCGAUGCGGCCUCUGGAGGUCCAUGACUGUCUGGUGGACUACGAGUAUGUUGAGACCAUUCAUGCCGGCAUCCAGUGCGGCUUUGCUAUUCUGGGUCUGUGUGCAUCCACUUACCUGAUCAAGGUUUUUUCUGAAGAGGAUGAUAGCUGCAAAGCUAAAAGCAGACCAACAUCCAUCUACUCUGUGGAAUACAGCAGUCCUCAGCGUGAAGGCAGCGAGUCUCCUGAGUUGGGCCUGGAUGACAGCUCCUACCAGCAGCCCAUGACACCUCGUCGGGUCAAGCGUCAGAGUCGCCACAGGGCCUCGGGGCGCUCCCAGACACGCAGCAACACCAGCAGUCAGGGGCGUGCGUCCCAGCGCAGCCGCCGCCACCAGUACCUCAACCCUGUCAACAGACUGAUGGACAAGGCCAAUGAGUCUUCCACCAGCACAGACUCCUAUCACCCUCCAGGGGCACCACGCACCCACACUGGGGGCCGUCAAGGCCACUCCAACCCCAUGUAUGUUCACUCCAGACCCAACUCCACCUACUCCAUCAACAGCCCCAUGCCAGGCCAAGAUCCCUUGGAGAGGCCCCCCUCUGUUCACUCAUCCUACUCCAAUUACCACGGACAGCGGCCAUCCCUCAACCCAAACCCUUACGGUCGGCCACCAGUCCAGCAGCCCAUCACGGCCAGCCUGAUAGGUGGCUCCCAGCAGCGCAGAGUCCAGGGCCAGACCAACGGCCAUGUGACUCAUGGCGGCACCCUGGGCUCCUUACGCAGCUCUACCUAUAGCAGCGGAGGGACCAUGAAGGUGGACCGAGAGAGACCGCCACCCUACAUGUUUGGUGUUAAUUCUGAAACUGUGAUAUGACUAAGGCCAGGGGGGAUGGUUGGUAUAAUGGAAAGCCUCCUUAGCUUGUGGAGACAAAUAAGUGUCAAGGGCUGUCACAGAAGCUGUGAUGCGCAGCCUCACUUCUGGCCAGUGGGCAAAAUGGUCUGUCAUGAGUGCAGUAUUGAAGGCUUGUUCCAGUGUGCCUCAAAGCAAGGAAACUUAACUGGGCCUGUGUCUGUGAUCUUCCAAAGAUUUUUCUAUACAUUGUGAUUACAGUCAGAUAAUGACGUUUGCUCAUGUGGAUCCUCAGCAUAAAUACUUUUAUGUACAUUUAAUGAGGUGGCAGUAGUAUUUGGAGUGUCAAGCCUGCUGGUGAUGAUUAUACUUACCACCUCACACUUCAGUGCCAUUUUAAAGUGCCUUGUGUUCCACCCGUUAUUAUACUCCCUCAGUCAGUGUAGAAAACAAGUAAUGGCACAGAAAAAAGAGGAAUAAUUUGCAUUGAUAUAUCUCUGGUUGCAAAAAUGUAAUAAAGACUGUCACUGUGAGAUUGAUGAAAAGUUAAGGACCAAGCGGCCAGCUACAGUCCUCAGUCCGCAGAGGUAGUGUACUGUCAGCAGUGACAGACAGGCAUCCCAAAGUGGUGAAAGUACUGGGGCAAAGUGUGAAAAGACUGUGCCUUGAGCUGCUUAAAGACAAGGGUACACAUAAGCAGCUAUGAUGCACCUAUACAGUGAUGGACUGUAAGGUUAUUGCUGUGAUGACAGGUAUUAAAGUAAGUAUUUCGUCCUGGCAUCCAAGAACUUGACAUGUGCACAGACAAGCUCCCUAUUUCUUGUGUGUCCAGUUUGGAAAGCAGUGUCUGCGGUGACUCUGCUAGAUAAGUCACAGCCUGCUCGGUGUUUAUGGUGUAUGUGGCACAUUAGUGUUGCACUCUGCAUGAAACCAAAACAUACUUUAUACUGAUGCUGAUGGAGUCAUCAGUCACUGCCAUUUGUACAUCACUGCCAUCCUUAAUUAGUUAUUACCUCAGACUUAAAUUACGAAUUACAGUUUCUACUGAUGUUGUGCUAUAGCCAAGGAGGGUCAAGAUGCCUACAAUGUGGGCAUUGUUCUCUGUAGAUGAGGCUCCCUAGAUGAACCUCUUGCACUGUGCCUCACUCUCCCUGGCAGAGCUCACAUGUCCACUUUCUUUGUUAGACUCUGCACAGUUUAGCAGUUUGAGAAGAGUAGUGCCUUAGCUAAAUGAAGUUAUUUUUCAUUAACUUUUUUUUCAUUGAAUAUAGUUUUUGUUGAAAAAUGUGUGAACUUUAAUUUUCUUUUAAAAACUAAUAAGGUGAAGCCAUGAAAAUAUGAGGAAACCCUUUGGUCAGUAUGUAAAACAGCCGGUGUUUGAGUACCAAGACAAUAAGAAUAAAAUAAAUAAGUACACAUUU